GAAACCGCUGAACUUCUGUGAUCUAUUUUAUUGUAAGAGAUGAUUCUGCUCCCAUGUCCAGUUUUCCGGACCCACUGUCUUCCAGAGACACUGGGCUUUCCCUUCCUGUUUUACUUCUCCAUCAGCUGCUGAAAUGCAUUUUUCCCCUCUCCUCACAAACGCCAUUUUCCUGGGGUGGCCAAGCCCACACCCCGUUGCUUCCUGGGCCUGCUCUGUGGCUAUAAAAGGAGAGAACACCUUGCCUGUGGGGGUUCUCCACAUCCAACCUCCAGCUGCAGCUGAGUGGCCGUGGGACCUGCAGGAAAGAAGGCCGUGCACUUCCCACAGGUGACUCUUCCACCUCAGCUCAACCACAGCCUGAGCUCAUAAAGCUGAGGUUCUGACCUCCCCAGUGCUCCUGACACACCCAGACCCUACAGACACCCAGUCGGGGCGGCGGGCCUUAUCCCAAAGCUGGGGCCACUCGAUGAGGCUUCAUUCUCUCCUGUUGCUUCUCCAGGUACCCAGAGAGUGAGCGUCUCCACGCAGGCCAGUGCACGGCGGCUGACACCUGCAGGGACGCCUGCCGGACGAGCAGGCGGAGGGCCCUGGCCUCCACAGACGUGCCAGGCCAGUGUGCGGAGCAUCUGUUCUUCCCACUCGCUGCCGUUCACAAACCCAACCCAAACCACCACAGGAGCCACUCCUCGUGGGGAGCUUCCUGGCUGACAAAUGCCGGGCUCACUUCAAGGAGAAUCACGCUUCUUUCUAAAGAUGGAUUCGCUGUUUAAAACAGAGCUCUGGGAGCCUUUUGGCAAAUCUUGAAAGCUGCACGGUGCAGAGACAUGGAUGUGACUUCCCAAGCCCGGGGCGUGGGCCUGGAGAUGUACCCGGGCACCAUGCAGCCUGCAGCCCCCAACACCACCUCCCCCGAGCUCAACCUGUCCCACCCGCUCCUGGGCGCUGCCCUGGCAAACGGGACGGGCGAGCUCUCGGAGCACCAGCAGUACGUGAUCGGCCUAUUCCUCUCGUGCCUCUACACCAUCUUCCUCUUCCCCAUUGGCUUUGUGGGCAACAUCCUGAUCCUGGUGGUGAAUAUCAGCUUCCGGGAGAAGAUGACCAUCCCCGACCUGUACUUCAUCAACCUGGCAGUGGCGGACCUCAUCCUGGUGGCCGACUCCCUCAUCGAGGUGUUCAACCUGCACGAGCAGUACUACGACAUCGCCGUGCUGUGCACCUUCAUGUCGCUGUUCCUGCAGGUCAACAUGUACAGCAGCGUCUUCUUCCUCACCUGGAUGAGCUUCGACCGCUACAUCGCCCUGGCCAGGGCCAUGCGCUGCAGCCUGUUCCGCACCAAGCACCACGCCCGGCUGAGCUGCGGCCUCAUCUGGAUGGCAUCUGUGUCAGCCACACUGGUGCCCUUCACCGCCGUGCACCUGCAGCACACCGAUGAGGCCUGCUUCUGUUUCGCAGACGUCCGGGAGGUGCAGUGGCUCGAGGUCACGCUGGGCUUCAUCGUGCCCUUCGCCAUCAUCGGCCUGUGCUACUCCCUCAUCGUCCGGGUGCUGGUCAGGGCACACCGGCACCGCGGGCUGCGGCCCCGGCGGCAGAAGGCACUCCGCAUGAUCCUCGCGGUGGUGCUGGUCUUCUUCGUCUGCUGGCUGCCGGAGAACGUCUUCAUCAGCGUGCACCUCCUGCAGCGGACGCAGCCUGGGGCCGCUCCCUGCAAGCAGUCUUUCCGCCACGCCCACCCCCUCACCGGCCAUAUCGUCAACCUCGCGGCAUUCUCCAACAGCUGCCUCAACCCCCUCAUAUACAGCUUUCUUGGGGAGACCUUCAGGGAAAAGCUGAGGCUGUACAUUGAGCAGAAAACAAACCUGCCGGCCCUGAACCGCUUCUGCCACGCCGCCCUGAAGGCCGUCAUUCCAGACAGCACUGAGCAGUCGGACGUGAGGUUCAGCAGUGCCGUGUAGACAGCCUCGGCCGCAGAAGCCCAGCCGGCGUGUGACUCGGGAGCUGCACGCACCCGGGUGGACACAAGGCACGGCCACGUCAUGUCUCUAAACCGCUGUCAGACGUGGCUCCGGCUCCUCAGGGCCUCGCAAGAGUCACACCUGCCUGGUCACCCUGGGGCUGCUAAGGAAACCUCACAACGGGUCCUCCUUGACCCUGCACUCCUCACUCCUCACAGAGAAUUGCUACAAUCCCAAAACGCUCGCCCCGCAGGGUCCAAACGUCAGUGCUGACCAGCCUGUCGCCCAGGUCCUCCCCGUACACCCUGCCUGCCGCCACAGGAAACGUUUCCGACACCCUCUACCACAAAAGGCACACGGAGAGGCCACUGUGGGUGAAGCAACUCAGUUACACGUAACCCUAAAGCAAGUCUGCCACCGUGGGGGAACUAAUGCUGGAGACACAAGGCGCUAGUGGGUCUGAGCUGGAUGCUGCGGUGUGUCCUCUGCACCCACGGUCUGGAACGCAUGAGGUGUGAGCUAGCUGGCGCACCGCCGAGUUAAAGAGGAAAAGGAAAACACACUGCUCUGGUGCAUGCCUGAGCAUCCUCCAUCUUCCAGCAUGGCAGCAAUGGCGCUGCGCGGCCUCGCCAGGCCUGCGAGGUCCUCGGCCCAGAGCAGCAGGAAGGCCCCUCUGCCGAGCGUCUGCCGCCUGCUCUGAGGCGGUUCAGUCACUGCUUGUUGACAUCGUCAUGGCAAUUGCACUCAUGUGGACUGGGACCGUGCGAGCUGCCAUGUGGGCUAGUUGGGUGCCAGGACAAUGAAAUACUCCAGCACGUGUGGCUGACGAAUUUGCUUCUACAGAAAUAACAGCUGGGGACAACUGCGGUGAUGAUAUAAAAACCUUCCCAUAACAUGUAAGAAAAGCUGACGAGGCUGGUGAUGUUCAGCCUUUGUCAAUAAAACAGUCAUGUGCGGAUCCUU